AUGGAGCGAAAUAGCUUUAAUUUUCAAACAGAGAAGAGAUCUGGAGCGUUCGAUUCAGGUUCAGGUUUGGGAUCUUCGAAGAGGGUCAAAACGCAUCACACGCAGCCGCCCCCGCCUCUGAUUGUUCCGGUGGGACAUGCGGCGUUUCGAUUGCUCUGUCCUUUGCCGCAAGUCGGUGCGGUGAUUGGAAAAUCUGGAAGCGUAAUCAAACAGCUUCAACAAUCAACCGGAGCUAAGAUACGGGUCGAGGAGCCUCCGUUUGGAUCUCCGGAUCGGGUCAUCACGAUCAUCGCACAAGUGAAUUCGAAAUCUAGGGUUAAAUUUGGUGUUAAUAACAAUGUGUCGGAGAAGGAGGAGGAAGUUGAGGUAUCUAAAGCACAAGGAGCUUUGAUUAGAGUUUUCGAACUUAUAGGGGCGGAAGCGGGUAGUGAUACGGCCGUGUGCCGAUUGUUGACUGAGUCUAGCCAUGCGGGUGCUGUGAUAGGCAAAGGUGGUCAAAUGGUUGGGAGUAUCAGGAAAGAAACUGGCUGCAAAAUUGCGAUACGCACUGAGAAUUUGCCGAUGUGCGCUGACGCUGAUGACGAGAUGGUGGAGAUUGAAGGAAGUGCUAUCGCUGUGAAGAAAGCUCUUGUAUCUAUCUCCCGCUGCCUGCAAAGUUGCCAAUCAGUUGAAAAGAUAAGGUUGGUUGGAAACAGACCCCUUGAAAAAGAGUUCCAAGCAUCUUUGCAUAGGCCUAUAGAAACAAUCAUUCAGGAGUCACUUCCUAGGUCCGUUGAUGUUAACCCUUACGACUAUAGACAGAGAAAAGACGAGAUGUUUCUUCGGGGCAAUUUAGGUCGGCCUAAUGAUGUGAUGCCGCUUCCACGUGAUGCUUUGCAUCAUAGGCAUAUCAAGGUGAAUCUUCAGGGUACUUUACGCAGGCAUGUUGAGGCAGACCGGCAAGAUUCUUUACGCAUGCAUGCUGAGGCAGACCGACAGGAUGCUUUACGCAGGCAUAUGGAGGCGGACCGGCAAGAUGCUUUACGCAGGCAUAUUGAUGUGGAUCCUCGAGAAGCUUUAUACAGGCCUUCUGAUGUUGUCAGGGGAGAUGUUUCUCGACAGUAUAGAGAGAGGGAUGAUUCUCAUGAUUUCUUUUAUAGGCCUUUCGAGAUGGUUCAACGUCGUGAUACUAUGGGCAUGGCUUUUGAGUCAUUUCCACGUGAUGGUUUUGGAAGGCCUACUGAAACAAUCCCACAAGAAACUCUUAGUCGGCCAAGUGCUGAUUUUCUUGUACAUCGUUAUUCAACUCUCGAUUCACAUCCUCACAGCAUAAAUACGUCUGCUCCAAUGACUAACGCUGCCACCAGUAAGCCACCUCUAUCAGAAGUGGAUGUUGUGAACCAAGAUGUGGUUUUUAAGAUACUUUGUUCCACUGAAAAUGCUGGCGGAGUUAUCGGGACUGGGGGUAAAGUUAUCAGGAUGCUUCAUAGCGAAACAGGUGCCUUCAUAAAUGUGGGAAAUACACUUGCUGACUGCGAAGAACGUUUGAUUGCAGUAACUGCACCAGAGAACCCUGAAUGUCAAACCUCGCCAGCCCAGAAAGCUAUUAUGCUUGUUUUUUCUAGAUUAUUUGAGCUUGCCACUAAAAAAAUCCUAGACAAUGGCCCAAUGACAUCUAUCACUGCACGGCUUGUUGUCCCAACAAGCCAGAUUGGUUGUUUGCUGGGAAAAGGAGGUGUUAUUGUUUCGGAAAUGCGGAAAGUGACUGGGGCAACAAUUCAAAUUUUGAAAGUUGAGCAGAACCCAAAAUGUGUUUCAGAGAGUGAUCAAGUUGUGCAGAUUGCAGGAGAGUUCCCUAAUGUGAGAGAAGCCAUUUUCCAUAUUACGAGCAGGCUGCGAGACAGUUUUCUCUCGAACUCAAUGAAAAAUUCGGUAACCAAGAGCAGUUCCACCUUAACUACAGAGAGAAUCUACCAUAGACAAUCAGAUAAUCCUAUGUCUAUUGGGUCUCAUCAAUCCGUUAGUAAUCCACCUACCAUCUCUUCAAAUCUGCACAGAAGAUCUGAGGAUUUAAAUGGCUCUCAUUCUUCAGUUAACUACUCCAGACCUGUUGGCAUAGAUCCUUACAUAAGACCAGAAGACCCGUUUCCUGAUAGGUUUAAUCCCGCAGCAGGCUAUUCUCCUAAUUUUGGUCGGCGGUUCACCGUGGACCACAGUAAUAUCCCCCAUCACUUGACUGAAGCCCCAUCUCGUUUGUGGGUGUCCCCGCCACCAGUAGCUCCAAGAGGCAUAUCUGAUGCCAGUGGCGGAUUAUCUUCUGCAAGGGCUGGCCAGGCACUUGGCAGUGGACACAAAUCUGCCAUCGUUACAAACACAACCGUGGAAAUUACAGUUCCAGAAAAUGCUAUGAGCCUUGUGUAUGGAGAGCAUGGCUACAAUCUGGAGCAACUGAAACAGAUAUCUGGUGCGAGGGUCAUAGUACAUGAACCUUCUCUAGGAACAAGUGACAGGAUCAUUGUCAUAUCAGGGACACCUGAUCAAACCCAAGCUGCUCAAAACCUCCUGCAUGCCUUCAUCCUUACAGGGGAAACCUCAUUGUCCAGAAAAUACAACCUAAACUAGAACCACAUAGUUGUCAUCAUACAGAAAACAAAAAGAAAAACGAGCUCCCGCAUGUUUCUUGUUUUAUUUUUUUUUGUUCGUUUGGAUCCUUGAACACUUUGUACAACAUCAUUAUCAUUUUAAGUACUUUGAUGGAAUCAGUUCAAUGCCUUGCCUAAAAUUUUCCUAUUGUAUCACACAUUUUACUACAUGGAAUUGAGAUUGGAAUUGAGAUUGGAAUGAAAUGAGCUAUAGAGGAAGAGAUCAUUGCUAUAGAAACCGCAAUUUCACAAAAAUAUACCGUAGAGAAUAAUCUUUACAAAAGGAAAACUUGAGAAUGAAGGGGUUCAUAUGUUGUGUUUUUGUUUUUGCUCUCUGGAGUGUUGGAAACUUGCGCAGAAUUGCUUUUUAGUUGAUCUUUUCUUUCUUUUUAAGCUUGUUUCACCUUCUUUAGCUAUGAAAAAUUGAAAAUGGUAGAAACAUAACAUUGAGUUCCAGAAUCAAAUUAAGCCAAUAAACUGUUAUCCGUUACCUCUCACUGAUGGUAUUGUGAAACCCUUCACGUUAUAGGCAAUCACAUUCUCAGUUCUCUCUGGUUCAAAACUACCAAAUGAGCUGAAUCUAAAGAUUCUAAACAUAUUUGCUCUACUCUAUUCACAAUCAGUAAUCUAAUCAAUGAUAAUAAUAAUACAAAGAUUUCAUGGGUAAAAAGAAUCCAGUGUAACCAGACGGGUCUAUCUAGACUGUAUGAGUGUUUGUUUGCGCAGUUUCGUAUGUUUUAUUAUACACUACAUUUGUUGGUUACCAUCCAAAAGAUGAAGAUCUUCCAUGGAGUUAUUACAACAACCAGACAGGUUCUCAGAAAGAAUCCAGAUGGGGAGAGCCAAAAAAAAAAGCAUUCAAGACAAAGCUAUUAUUAUUUCCUGUUUCGAUGCGCUAUUUUUUUGUAUAAUAUCUUGUCAAAAUUACGUGUAAAUCUUUUGCUUCAAUUGGUUGGUGUACUCUGAAA